UUGUGUAUUUGUGUAUGUAGGCCAGAUGGAAAAUUAUACGUACAACAGUCUCACUCUACAAAUCGAGGGGUUAGAGAUCACCAAGACUAACAAGUACACAAUCUCUAUCUUUCUGCUUUCAAGCUAUGUGUUCAUCCUAAUAGCCAAUGUUGGCAUUGUUAUCUUGAUAUGGAAAGAAAGAAGCCUUCACCAGCCGAUGUAUCUCCUCUUCUGCAACCUGUCGAUUAAUGAUGUUAUGGGAAACUCUGCGCUGAUUCCACGGGUGAUUGCAGACAUCCAUGUGUCUCCUUCUCAGCGUCUUAUUCACUACUAUGACUGUCUGUUACAAGCUUUUAUUGCACACAUGUUUGGCACCAAUGCACAUACUGUGCUCAUGAUUAUGGCGUUUGACAGGUAUGUGGCUAUCUGCAAUCCACUGCGCUAUUCAAUCAUUAUGAAUGACAAAAUGGUGCUUAAGCUGACAGUUUCUGCCUGGGGAGUGGCCUUUGUUUUGGUUGGGAUUCUUCUUGGUCUGACCAUACGGCUGAACCGAUGCAGGACGCUAAUUAGGAAUUCUUACUGUGACAAUGCCUCCUUGUUUAAACUCUCCUGUGAGAAUGUGUUCAUUAAUAAUGUUUAUGGCCUCACUUUCACUGUAGUGCUGCUAUCGUCCUCUAUUGGCAGCAUAAUUCUCACCUAUUCUAAAAUCACAGCAGCCUGUCUGACUAAUAAAAGCAAAUCUUUAAACAGUAAAGCCCUAAAGACCUGCAGCACUCACCUGUGCCUGUAUUUGAUCAUGCUUAUCACAGGGUUCAUCCCCAUCACCCUUCACCGUUUCCCUCAAUAUACAGAGUAUAGGAAGAUUUCAGCCAUUCUAUUUAAUGUUGUUCCCAGCAGUUUUAACACUGUCAUCUACGUGCUGCAGUCGAAAGAAAUACACAAGUGUUUGCUAAAUAUAUUCCAUCCUAAAUAA